AUGUCGAGUGUAGUCGACCCGAACAAUGACCCUAAUGUCGGCUCCUCUCGAGGCAAUGCCUCCUCCACUUCAGGCAACGUCGUCAGCGGCCUUACCGGGGACAGUAGCUCGACGUCGGCCUCGGCGCUGUUGAUGACCUUAAUUCCGGCCCUGAUCUAUGCGCUGUUUUGGUUUGCUCUCUUCCUCCUCUUCCGCCGCACACAGCGGCGAUGGUACGCUCCGCGCUCUCACCUACCCGAUCUACAUGAACAUGAACGGACGCCCGAAUUACCUUCAGGGUGGGUCAACUGGUUUGGCACAUUCCUCAAGAUCGAAGACAACCACGUAUUACAUCAUUCCUCGCUGGACGGAUAUCUCUUUUUGCGCUUUCUGAGAGUGCUGUGUGCGAUUUGCUUCUUUGGCUGCCUGAUCACAUGGCCCGUUCUUUUGCCUAUCCAUGCCACAGGUGGUGCUGGCAACACCCAGCUCGACGCUCUCAGUUUCAGCAACGUGACGAACCCUAACAGGUAUUAUGCAAAUGUGUUUGUAGCCCUGGUGUUUUUCACGUUCGUGUUCUAUAUCGUGGUCCGAGAGUGCCUCUAUUACGCCCAUUUACGCCAGGCCUACCUCAAUUCACCGGCUUACGCUUCCCGCAUCUCCUCGAGAACUGUUCUUUUCAUGUCGGUACCAAAGGACUACAAGAGUGAAACGAAGCUGCGACAGGUCUUCGGCGACUGCAUACGUCGAAUUUGGAUCACCACGGACUGCGAAGAGCUGGACAAGCUCGUCAAGGAGCGCGAUAGAUUGGCCUUUAAUCUGGAAACCGCGGAGACAAAGUUGAUUCGAAGAGCUAACAAAGCUCGCAUGAAGUCUGUUCGGACUGGUGAAAGUUCAUCCGACACCUGUCUCGACUGCGAGUCCACCAACCCGGCCGGUUUUCACAAGGUCAAGCGACCGACACAUCGACUGAAAUUUCUAUUUGGUACAAAGGUGGAUUCCAUUCACUGGUAUCGAUCAGAACUAGCCCGAGUAACAGACAAAGUGGACAUCCUCCAACGGAAGCACCAAGCCGGCGAGGCCAAACAGCUGUCGGCGAUGUUUGUCGAGUUCAAUACCCAAGCGGACGCCCAGGUCUCCCUACAAACUCUCUCGCACCAUCGACCUUUCCACAUGGCGCCCCGCUUCAUUGGCAUCUCUCCUAGGGAAGUCGUCUGGGAGGCGCUGAAUCUCAGCUGGUGGCAACGCAUUGUUCGAAGGUUUGCUGUUCAGGGUGGCCUUGGAGCUCUGGUGAUCUUCUGGUCGUUUCCCGCUGCACUUGUGGGAACAAUUUCAAACAUCACGUAUCUGGCCAAGCUAGUUCCCUUCCUCAAGUUUGUUCUUCACCUGCCCAGUCUGGUCAAGGGGGCCAUCGAAGGUCUCCUGCCCUCUGCUGCUCUUGUGGCCUUGAUGUCGUUGGUGCCGAUCAUCUGUCGAAUUUGCGCGAGACGUGCCGGGGUUCCAUCAAUGGCGCGAGUCGAACUUUUCACCCAAAGCGCUCAUUUCGUCUUCCAGGUUGUGCAGGUGUUUCUGGUGACGACUCUGACAUCUGCUGCAUCUGCUGCAACAACACAGAUUAUCAAGGAUCCUCUCUCGGCAAAAGACCUUUUGGCGCAGAAUCUACCCAAAGCCACCAACUUCUAUAUCUCUUACUUCUUGCUUCAGGGGUUGAGUUUGAGCUCCAUGGCGCUCGUGCAGAUUGCUAGUGCUCUAGUGUUCAAGUUUGUGACCACCUUUUUUGCAUACUCGCCGCGUCGCCUGUUUCAAAAAUGGGCUCAGCUUGUUACUCUCAGCUGGGGCAAUGUUUUCCCCGUGUUCACCAACAUGGGCGUGAUUGCGUUGACUUACUCCUGUAUUGCGCCAUUGAUUUUGGGCUUUGCCUUCAUUGGGCUGUAUCUUGUCUACCAAGCCUACCGAUACAAUUUUUUCUUCGUCUACAAUAUUGAGAUCGACACUAAGGGAUUAGUUUAUCCUCGCGCCAUGCAGCACUUACUCACCGGUCUCUACCUGGCCGAGGUCUGUAUGAUCGGUCUGUUCGCAAUCAAAGGUGCUAUCGGCCCGCUUAUCAUCAUGGUUAUUUUCCUUAUUGGCAACAUUCUGGCACACAUUUCACUCAAUGAAGCCCUUUCCCCGCUGAACACGUUCUUGCCACGAUCACUCGACGCCGAAGAGGAGCUUCUCAUGGAGAAAGAAGAUGCCCAGGCCGAAAUCAACGAAAUCAACGACUUGCGCCGAUCUCGUACCCUGGCAUUCUGGAAGUGGUUCCACCCAAAUAUGUACAAAGACUUCGCAGCAAUGCGUCGAAAGGUGCGACGUAACGUCGCUGUGGUCGAUUAUACAGAGGAGCAGAUGCGCACAGCCUAUUUCGAACCAUGUGUGGCGUCUCCAAAUCCCACGCUUUGGAUUCCCCGUGACAGAUGGGGAUUCAGUCGGCAUGAGAUCAUGGAGACGGACCCUGCCAUUCAGAUAACGGAUGAGGGGGCUCACUUGAACGGAAGAAACAAGAUUGUGUGGGACAAAUACGAUCCUCACCUCCCGCUACGUGAACGGAAGACUUUUUAUUGA